GGCUGGCCAGCGGCGCUGCGGCCGGCGACUGCCUCCGCCUGGCCCGCCAAGGUCUCGGCCGCGCGGCCAUCGGCGUUGCUCCGCCCGCCGGGCUGGCUGGGCGAGGGGCCGUGCCCCGCCGCCGCCGAGGUGUUGCAGGAGUACCUGCGGUAUCACGCGGCGGCGCGCGAGCGGCUGCGAAAGGGCAAGGAGGAGCGUGUGCUCGUCUACCGCUGCUCGGCGCUCGGCUUCUGCGGUGGGCACGGGGACCGCCUCAACGGUCUGCUGGGCGUCUUCCUGCUGGCCGUGGCGGCGCGCCGCGCCUUCUUCAUUGACGCGCCCCGGCCGGUGCCGCUGGAGCUGCUGCUGGCGCCGCGGCGGCGGCCCGGCGCCUGCGGCGGAGAGGGCGACCUACUGCUGGACUGGCGGAUGCACGGCGCGGUGGCCGCCGCAGGCCGAAGAGUGAACUACAACGACCGCUACAACGACAUGGUGGCCGACAUCCCGUGGCUCCUGUCUGGUGAGAGCGAGAACGUGGUCGUUCUGCACAGCAACCAGAGGAUCAGCGCCCCGCUGCUCCGCAGCCCCGAAGCGCGCGCCGCGCUGGGCGCUGGGGCGGCCGCGGAGCUGCUGGCCACGCCCUGGCUGCACGCCGACCUCAUGGAGGUGCUCUUCGAGCCCUCGCCGCUGCUGGCGGCCCGGUACGCGAAGGUGAGCAGCGCGGCGAGGAACGGGCGGCGAAGGCUCCUGGCGAUCCAUUUCCGAGCCGGGAACAGGUCCCCUGAGAGGUGGAGCGACCCACCCCGGCACGCUCUCGCGGACCUGGAGGCCUUCCUGUUGUGCGCCGCAGAGGUCGAGAAGCACCUGGGCUGGCAGCCGGACGAGGUGGCCUGGUACGUGGCCUCCGACACCGCCGAGGUGGAGGCCCUGCCGCUGUUCGCGCAGCUCCGUGCGCAGGGGAAGAUCGCCUUCCUGCCCGCAGGCCAUAAUGACGCCGCCAUCGUGCACUUGGACCGGAGCCCCAUGGCCGUCGCCGUGCACGGUCUCACGGACACCUGGGCCCAGUGGUUGACCAUCGCGAGCGCCGAGGCGGUGGUCCUUAGCACCAGCAACUUCGGCGUCACGGCGGCGGAGGCCGGGCGCGUGCGGCACGCCUUCCUCGGCACCGGCGGCUGCCUUCCGGCCGACGUCACCGCGGUGUGA